AUGGUUCGCAUGCCUCAGGAAUUGCUGGAAGACUUUGUGGAGUCACGGUUCCGACGAGGCCGCGACAAUGACGAUGAGAUUAUCUCGUCGAACAUCCAGGCGCUGCGGCUGGGUCGGCAGCACGCCGCCGAGAGUGGCUUUGUCCUGGGCGACCUGGCGCCACCGGUUCCCCCGGAUUACGCGCAGUUGAUGCUUAAAGGGAAUGAGGCGAUUGCGCUGGGGGCGACCCACGCCGGCGUCGGAUUUUACGCCGGAUAUCCGAUAUCGCCGGCGACGACCAUCUUGCUGUGGAUGGAACGCAACCUGAUCGGCGAGGACAAGUUCGCCUACCAGGUUUCGUCGGAGAUCGAGGCCAUCACCUCAAUCAUGGGUGCUUCCUUCGCGGGCAAGAAGUCGAUGACAGCCACCGCCGGCCCGGGCAUCUCGCUGAUGAGCGAAGGGCUCGGCUUGGCGUGGAUGGCGGAGAUUCCCCUGGUGGUGGUGGACGUGCAGCGAGGUGGCCCGGCAACUGGCCUUCCCACCAAGACCGAACAGUCUGACCUGAUGGUCUGCAUGUAUCCGGCCCACGGUGACGUGCGGAUGCCGAUCAUUGCUCCCGGGUCGGUGGAAGAGUGCUUCCUGGCUGGCGCCUACGCCCUGAACUGGGCGGAAAGGUACCAGGGCCCGGUGAUUCUGAUGAGUGAGAUGUCGAUGGCAGAACGGGUGCAAAACAUCCCGAGGCCAGACCUGUCGAAGAUCCCGGUGGAGAACCGGCUGACCUAUGACGGUAGCAACGGAUACCACCGGUAUUCGGGCCAUGAGCUGUCACCGAUGCCUUUGCCGGGUAACCCGGGCGCGUACGUUGCCAAUGGCAGCGAGCACGACGAAAUGGGCGAUACAACCCACCUGGCGAGUCGCCACAUCCAGAUGACGGAGCGCCGUUUCAGCAAGUUGAAGCUGCUGGAAGAGGACAAUUUCGAGGGUGACAACGAGUCUGCUAAGGUGGCGCUGAUGACCUGGGGUGGUUCCAAGGGACCGGCCCUGGAGGCCUACAACGAAUUGCGAGAGCAGGGCGUGGACGUCGGCUGGUAUUUCACGAUGUUCCUGAACCCUCUGCCGCCGCGAUUGUUGGAAGAACUGCGAAGCAAGGAUCUGGUGAUUGUUCCGGAGUUGAACUACCAGGGACAAUGGGCUGGCAUCCUGCGCUCGCACGGUGUAAAAGCCGAAGCAAUUACCCAGUACACCGGACUGCCUUUCAAGGUCAAGGAUCUGGUGUCUCGCAUCAAUGAAAUAAUCUCCCCUGUAAAGGAGGUAGCCCGGGUAUGA